AUGGAGUCUGCCAUCUAUCUGCUCAUCACCAGUGUCAGUCUGAACCUGAACACCACUGUGGCCCAGGACUGGUGCCUGGCUCUGCAGAGGCUCAUUCGCAUGAAAGAGGAGCAGAUCCAGAGCGCCAACAAGUGUCGCCUGCGCCUGCAGGUGCCCGGCAGGCCAGACAAGUCAGGGCGUCCUGUUAGUUUCAUGAUGGUCUUCAACACUCCCAACCCCCUGAGUAAGAUCUCCUGGGUCAACCGGCUGCACCUGACCAAGAUCGCACUACGUGAGGAGAAUUCACCGGGCUGGCUGUACGGAGAAGACGAGGGGAAGACGAAGGCCCCGCUCUGGUGUCCGCUGCUGUCCUGUCACAUGCCCGUCUUCGCCACGAAGUCACCGGAGAGAAAGCUCGAAGCUGCCCUCCAUAAUCCUGUGCACUGUGGACUGCUGGGCUUCUCUGCAGCGAGCACCUCCUUACCUCAAGGCUACCUCUGGGUGUCAGGCAGAGGUGAAGGGUCACAGGGGCAGAUCGAGAUCUUCUCCCUCAACAGGCCUCUGCCUCGGGCUGUGAAGAGCCUGCAGGUGGACUCUGCUGUCCGGUGUCUGGAGUACGUUCCUGAACCUCCUCCGGUGGACGAGGUGGAGGCUGCAGGUCACAAAGCACCUUCAGGGAGCGGCGCCAACAUCUGUGUUGGACUGGACGACGGCCG